GUAAGUCGCCACGAUGGCUAAGUUUGCUUUGGCCAAUCUCUUGAUCCUUCUUGUGAAUUCGGGCACUUUGCUUACUUCACUUGCUUAUCCCGACUGCACUUACCCGCUCCCACCCUCUAAGCCACCAAACUAUCCUCCUAAGUUACCACCAGUACACAUACCACCUCCACCACCACCACCUCCACCACUGAGGCCUCCUGUAACUCCUCCAAUAAAGCCACCACCACCACGGAGGCCUCCUGUAACUCCUCCAAUAAAGCCACCACCACCAUCUCUUCCACCACUAAAUCCUCCAGUGAUACCAAAACCACCAAUUGUGAAGCCGCCACCACCUGAAACACCGUGCCCUCCUCAUCCAUCACUACUAGAGCUAUGCCCACCACCACCACCAAAGCAAGAGACUUGCCCUAUUAACACUCUCAAGUUAGGUGCAUGUGUGGAUGUAUUAGGUGGAUUAGUCCAUAUUCGUACUGGCAGUAGUGCCAAGGAUGAAUGUUGCCCAGUGCUUGAAGGUCUUGUAGACUUUGAUGUUGCUUCAUGUCUUUGCACCGUCAUCAAGGCUAAACUUCUCAACAUCAACCUUAUUAUACCCAUUGCUCUUGAGGUCCUUGCUGACUGUGGCAAGACCCCACCUCCAGGGUUCAAGUGUCCUGCCUAAUUAAUCAGGUUGUGCUGUAACUUACAGAGUAUACAUGUGUGAGCUUGAAAGCAUAAUUAAAGAAUAACUGCACGAGGGAUCUUCAAGUGGCUAGAAUGAAGCAGUUUUCUAUAGGAUAUCUUGUGUUUUGUUUUCCUAGAGAAUUUUCUUCUGUUCCUUCUUUCCCUUUUCAAGAGAAUAUAUUGUGUUAAUUUGUUUUA